GGAUGCACCACCACAAAAUCGGGCGCAGUGCGACCCCAAACUGACCCCUAGUGCAAGAGUUCAUCGAGAUCGGACAUCCCAACCGCGCAGACAAGAAAAAUGUAGAAACCGAUGAAAGACCCCCCUGCAACCCUUCCAAACCCCGAUUCGGCUAGUCGACAAGUUUUUCUUCAAUGCCAAGCCAAACAAGAGUUGUGGGGGCGGUCGAGUGGAACGAAUGAGAGAGAAGCAGAACGGGACACACAAACCGUGUGCCCCGAUGUCCACGUCAUCCGAUCCCGCCGUCCCAACCACUUGCGACACGUGGCACGACAUGAUGAUAAUGAUGACGACGGUGAUGAACACGAUGAUGGUGACGAUUACGGUGGUGAUGUUGAUCAGGGCGACGAUGUCGCUGCCGAUGAUGACGAUGUUGAUGACGAUGAUGAUGUCGAUGAUGAUGUUCGUGAUGAUGAUGAUUGUGAUGACGACGAUGAUGAUGAUGACGAUGAUGACGACGAUGAUGACGAUGUUGAUGAUGGCGAUGACAACGAAGAGGACGAUGGUCGUGAUUUUGAUCACGGCGACGAUGUCGCUGAUGAUGAUGAUGUUGUUGAUGACGUUGAUGAUGUUGAUGAUGAUGUCGAUGAUGAUGACGAUGUUGAUGACGUUGACGAGGUUGAUGAUGAUGAUGAUGUUGAUGAAGAUGAUGAUGAUCACGAUGACAAUGAUGGUGAUGAUGAUGAUGAUGAUGAAGAUGAUGACACUGAUGGUGGCGGCGACGAUGAUGGUGAUGAUGGGGGCAAUGAUGAUGGUGAUGACGACAAGCAAGAAUCACGGGGCCGCUCGCGAGGAAAGAACGAGCGGGAAUCAGAAGGGGACACAUAAACCAUGUGGCCCAAUGUCACCGACAUCCUUUCCCUCCGUCCCCACAACUUGGAACAGGUGGCGCGACGCGGCCGCUCCCAUGGGC